CCUGUAUAACAGCCUAGGCAUCUUGACCUUGUAUGGUUAGGUUUACUGUUUAUGUAGCUGUCUGCGAAGGACAAGUUACAUCCACACACAUCCGAGCUGGAGAAGGUAACAAGACAAAGAUACGGCUCACUGCUGUGAAUACGUUUCGGAGGAAAUGCAGCAGACGACGAGGAUACUUUGCACAUCAGAGACGCCAACAUGCAGCGCAUGAAAAGAUAUCAAACAUCUGAUGUGGUGUCUUGGACUGCCUGCGGUCAUCACCGAGAUAUAUUUUCCCCAAGGACAACCAACAGCAUGUGUCUGAACAGAGAGACAAAUCGGAGUAAAGAACAUCUAAAGCAAUAGAACAUUUAUGGCCACCAGUUUCUGACUAUGUGAAUGGACAAGUUGUGAAGUCAGAUCUGUCUGCUUCUGGACUCUGCAGUGUUUUUGUGCUGAAGUAUGUAGGGGUGGCUCUUCACUAAAUAGACCUGUUUUGUAAGUGCGAAGAAGAGCAGCUAGAAGGUGAAUCGACUGUGAAGCUUGGUGGUGUGCAGGAUCAGCCCCUGAAGAUGCUCCAGACUGGUAACUACUCUCUGGUGCUGCUGAUCCAGAUGACACUGUUGGCCUAUGACCUCUUCGUCAACUCCUUCAGUGAACUCCUGAGGGGAGCGCCUGUUGUCCAACUGGUGCUUUUCAUCAUCCAGGACAUCGCCAUCUUGUUCAACGUGAUCAUCAUUCUGCUGAUGAUGUUAAACACCUACAUGUUCCAGGUCGGCCUGGUGUCCCUGCUGCUGGAGAGGUUCAGGGCUCUGCUGAUGUUUGCAGCUCUUUACCUGACCCUCAGCAUCUGCUUUCAUUGCUGGGUGUUGAACCUUAGAUGGCUCGAGUCAAACCGUUUUGUUUGGACAGAUGGUCUCCAAGCUCUUUUUGUUUUCCAGAGAACAGCGGCCGUGUUGUAUUACUACUUAUACAAACGCACAGCAGAGUACAUGGGAGACCCGAGGCUGUAUGAGGACUCUAUGUGGCUGCGUGAUGCCUUUGCCAGAGCUCGUCAGUGAAGUAGCUACAGGUUUGAUCGAGACCUCAAAUGUCCUGCGAAGAAUGGUUCCUCUGACAUGCUAACAUAGGAUAUCAUCACCAGUCAAAAAGGACGCUUGGAUCACGUUAUACUAUUUAAGAUAUAUAACAAAGCAGUGGACUGAUGUUGAACACCGAUGGAACUCUCCAACAGGCAAAAAGGAUGAAGCAAAGUCUCAACCAAAGUCUGUGUUUAUUGGCUCUUCAUAGUCGAGCAUGCAGCCAGUUAAAUGGUUUACAGUGGAUGGUAAGACAACUGUGACAUGUGUAAUGUAUUAAUCCAGAUUGGGUCUGUUGAUCUAUGUGGCCUUUGUAAAUGAAUUUGAAGUGCAGGCGGAAUGAAGAGUAUUAGAAGUUUAGAGAACUGCCGUAGAUGCAGGUAUCACCUCCCAUGGCAAGUUUGUUUUGAUGCAUGUUCCUACUUAUAGAACAUAUAGUAAUAGCUUCGUUGGAACAGUUCUGUUAUUUCCCCCACAAAAGGAUGAAACAUGUUGGUUAUUUGCCUUAUGUAAGGUUAGUAUGUGCUGUUUACAUGGUUAAUGUAAUUUUAAUAAGCCAAUUCUCAUGUGAAUCCAGUUGUCUUUGAGUGGGGAUCUUUGAAUCGUGUUCCCGCUGUUUUUAUUAAAUAAUCCUUCUCUAAUCCUGGUGUAAUCCUUCAUCACUAGGGUAGUCAGUAUUAUCCUGGAGACAAGGUGAAACAGACUGCUCUAUUUUUAACACAAAGAUUAAUCAGGGAUUGAGGUUUUAGGCGCCACUAGUAAACGCGCCAUAAAUAGCCUUCCAUGUGUCAAAAUAACUGUCUAAUCUCAAGCACCCAGCAGGUCAACUUGCAGUGAACUUCUUGUCUCAUUUCCAAUAAAACUUAAAAUUUUAUAUAAAAUCUGUGAGAUAUCCAUGAAUUAAUACAAUCAUUGCAGAUAUCAGACUCAAAGAAAGACACCAAAAGUUGUACAAAUCCUCUUUACUAGUGAAAAGAAAAUCAGAGUCCAUAUGAUCCCAGAAUAUCGUCAGUG